UCGAGCUCAUCGAGGCUCAUCGAGCUUAUCUUAGUCAAUUCAGUUCGAUUCUGUUGUCGGCCGUAUCUGGCAUGUGGGUGAGGUUGCUAGCGAAGGAAGAUGGCGAAUUGUGUGAGAAAAGCUUUUGUUUCAGCCACUUUAUUGAAAAAUACUCAGUAUGGCAAUGGUUCCGGUGCUUGCAGAGCGAGCUCAUGGUGGUCUCAUGUAGAGAUGGGCCCACCAGAUGCUAUUCUUGGGGUUACAGAAGCAUAUAAACGAGAUACCAAUCCAAAGAAAAUAAACCUUGGUGUUGGAGCAUAUCGUGAUGACAAUGGCAAACCUUACGUCCUUCCAAGUGUUCUCAAGGCAGAGGAACGAUUAAGUACAAAGAAGUUGGAUAAGGAAUAUGCGCCUAUUGCUGGUAGUGCAGAGUUCUGUAGUCUGUCCAUCAACUUAGCCCUAGGAGAGGACAAUGAACAAUCAAAAAAUGGACUGAAUGCCACACUACAAGGGAUUUCAGGUACAGGGUCUCUGAGGAUCGGUGCAGCCUUCCUGGCAAACUUUUUUCCAGGCAACAAAGAAGUAUAUUUACCAACACCAUCAUGGGGUAAUCACACCCCUAUCUUCAAACACUCAGGCCUCAGUGUGAAGCAGUAUCGAUAUUAUGAUCCAAAGACUUGUGGGUUUGAUUUCCAGGGGGCUCUGCAAGAUAUUGCUAAAAUUCCAGAGAAAUCCAUCAUCUUAUUUCAUGCCUGUGCUCACAAUCCUACAGGAGUGGAUCCAAAACCUGAACAAUGGGCAGAAAUUUCUAAAGUUGUCCAGCAGAAGAAACUGUUCCCAUUUUUUGACAUGGCAUACCAAGGAUUUGCAUCAGGUGACGUAGCAAGAGAUGCCUUUGCUGUUCGACACUUCGUAAAGAAUGGUCAUGAAAUAGCUUUGACACAGUCUUAUGCCAAGAACAUGGGACUCUAUGGUGAGAGAGCUGGAGCAUUUUCUCUCAUUACGAACAGCAACGAAGCAGCACAGACUACUCUUUCACAGCUCAAGAUCAUUGUCCGACCCAUGUAUUCCAAUCCGCCCAUUCAUGGGGCUCGCAUCGUAACCGAGAUUCUCUCAGAUCCUCCAUUAAAGAGCCAAUGGUUAGAAGAUGUGAAAGGUAUGGCAGACCGCAUCAUAUCUGUUCGAACGCAGCUACGUGAUAACCUAAAGAAAGAAGGAUCACAACGUGAUUGGUCUCACAUCACAGACCAAAUUGGCAUGUUCUGUUUCACAGGCAUGAACCAGCAGCAGGCUGAGCGUCUUACAAAGGAUUUCAGCAUUUACUUGACCAAAGAUGGCAGAAUUUCAAUGGCUGGAGUCACAUCGAAGAAUGUUGACUACCUUGCACAUGCUAUGCAUGAGGUUACCAAGUAAUCAGUUCCUCUCAGCUGACAACUCUAAAAUAUUUUCAGUCAGCAUAUCAAGCAUGUGGUUGUUUCCAGAAUGUAAUGAAUGUGCAAAAUGUGUUACAAUUUUGAGAAGCUUAUUGUAUAUACAUGUUGAAAUGUGAGAUGAAAUAUAUAUUUACAUUUUAAAAUGUUUCA